CAAGUGCCGAAUGGGUGAAGAAGAAGAGUGGUAGUAGGAAGGUGCCCGCCGCUGCGCUUAGUCCAGGGCGAGGAGCGCAGUCGCCUGCGACCAGUUGCUGAGCUCGGUGCUCGCUUGCUCAGUCGCUCGGCUGGUUGGUGUGCUCGCGCGUCGCUUGCUGCUCAUUGUGAAGUCCUUGGCGAAUGCCGUCCACUGUCGUCUGUGUCGUGCUACAACAAAUCAGCCAUGCCCAGCCCUCCUCGUAUUGUGAGUAAUGAUAAAAGUUGCGGUGACGUUGUGGUAAAGGAUGCGCGCCAUUGAAGGAGAGGCAUCGUAGAGGGACUGCUUGGUGUUCGUGUUCGUCGCAGUAGAGACGACAGCCGCGAGAAACAAAACGACGGGAUACGUCCCGUCGGUUCUAGCGAUCUCUGCUGAUGCCUACAGUGUAAAUAUUCUAGGCAAGAAAUAGAUAUUGUCCCCGUUUAGCGGCAACACGAUGGCCAGCUGUUCGUGAUCGCAAACCGUCGCCGCUGUAGUGCUGAUCGCCGCGGUGGUUUUGAGGGUGCCAGCGGAAGAUCAGGAACAGGGAGACGUAUGAAUUUAACGGGUGCCCAGCUAUAAAAUGUCGCUUAAGUCUUACGCUACCAUGACAACUAUCCAGGUUUUAAGUCGUCUUUCUCAUGGCUAACGGGAUCAUCAUACAAUUAAGGUUGCGAGAGCAGAUAUGUUGCGGGUCAGGAUUGGUUAUCAGCACCACGGGUGGUAGAAGCCCCCUAACUAGCACAGUCUCAGAGCCCCCUCGCUUUGUUCGGUGACAACCGUUCAUCCGGGGCCCUCAUGGUGUAUCAGGCCCGACCCCGUAGUUUGUACCACAGACAUAGUUCAACAACCUCGCAGAAAGCAGGACAAUCGCUACUGGACACCAACAAAAGGAGGCAGCAUUCACAACAGCAACAGGACACCAAGCUUCGAACGGUAGCUGCAAGUCAGUCCAAGCAGACUCGGGGCGGUAACAACGAAAUCGCGCAGUUCAGCCAACAAAACAAGCUGGACCAAAGGCUUAGCCAGAAUCACGCGCGAAUAACACGUUCAACGGCGGGAUCAGUCAUGUACGGCAAUCUACUCCAACAGCAGGCAGUAACAAUAUCGAGGCACGUAUCUAAAGCAUCUGCGCCAAAAUUGGCCAAGAGGAAACCUCAAUGUAGUCCACGAAAUACCACCAAGCCUAUCCAAGCCGUUUCAUCAUUUCGAUUGAGUACACCGGCUGCAAAUAAUAAUCACGGAGGCGACGUUAGAUGUGUGGCGCGAACACCAGCGAUCACUACCUCUUCAAAUUUGAGCAGUCCCUCGCCCGAACUCGACAGCAAACGCCGUUCCAGCAGUGACAUGCAUGGGAUGGAGCUAGACCAGCGGGUGGUAGAGGACGAGCAAAACGCUUGUGUCGAAGUUAGUGUAAAUGUCGCCGAUGAUCGAGACCAGGACCAACGAGGUCAGAAUGAACACGAUGCUCAGUCGAUGGAGAUCGACAAAGUGGCCCACCAGCCACGUGAAAAGGCACACGAAAACAGGAUAUCGCAGGACGACGUUUCACAGCGACACUUCGCCUCCCAUCAUACCCAACAUCAAGGCGAAAACGAAAAUGAAAUGGCGCUAUCAGCUGAGACUGCGUUUUUUUCGCCAGCGACACCCAACCACAGUGUCUACCAUAUCUUCGACGAAGAUGCCAAAUUAGGUUUUCAGAAUCUUUUAAUCGAGUGUUGCGGCGGAACCGACAACGGCAAUGCUGGCUCAGAUAUACUCGUUGAGAAUGAUCUCGGCCAUGUCGAGUCCAUUGAAGCGACUGAUUGCUUGAAGCACCUACCGUCGUUGCGUCACCAAGAAGCGGGUUCCAUUAACUUGGAGCCCGACAACGAGUCGUCGUCCUCGAUAACGGGAUCAUCCUUACAGUGUAGUAGUGGAUAUGUCAGCCAAGAUUUAGGUCUGAUAGUGGGCCCUGGUGAAGAAAGCGUUGAAAAUUAUCAGCAGCAACCCAAUAUGCAGGGGGCUAGUCAAUUUCAUUUGGGUAAUCAUCUGAUCUGUUCUGUCGCGGCGUCGAACCACUUACAGCAACGUUUCUAUUCUCCUAGACAACAGUCAGACCAGAACAACGAAUCACUUUAUGCUUCUAAGCCAAACAGUGAGCCGGACCAGGUGUCAGCUGCCACGUCACUUUACAUAGGUUAUAAUAAACCAUGCAACCGGUCAGCAAAUGGGGACACAUGUGUUUAUUGGGACCAGCAGACGAUGCAGUGGACUCAGCAGACGACACCGUACGACCGAAGAAUAACAAUAGAUGGGACAACUACAACAUCCCAGUGGGAAGAACAACAGACGACGUGUGAAGAGCAGUCGACACAGUGGGAACAAACGUCAACAGAUGAACUGCAUGCCUUUAUCCGAAGUUUACCUCCCCUUACUCCAGAGAUGCGAGCGCGCUGUCCAGCAUUACCACUGAAGACUCGCUCCAGUCCGGAAUUUUCGCUCGUUCUUGAUUUGGACGAGACUUUGGUCCACUGCAGUCUAAUGGAGUUGGAAGGGGCCACUUUCACAUUUCCCGUACUCUUUCAGGGCGUCGAGUAUAAGGUAUAUGUUCGAACUCGUCCGCAUUUCCGUGAGUUUCUGGAGCGCGUCGCGCGCCGUUUUGAGGUGAUUCUCUUUACAGCCUCGAAGAAGGUUUAUGCCGACAAACUUCUCGAUCUGCUCGACCCGAAGCGAAGUUUGAUUCGGUAUCGUUUAUUCCGAGAGCACUGCGUGUUGGUGUCAGGAAACUAUGUUAAGGAGCUUUCAAUCCUGGGCAGGGACCUUGCCAAAACCAUCAUCAUUGACAACUCGCCACAGGCCUUCGGCUAUCAGUUGUCGAAUGGAAUUCCGAUCGCGUCGUGGUUCGCUGACGCCGAAGAUCGUGAGCUGUUGCGGGUUUUACCUUUCCUCGAGGGGUUGGCCGGACCCGGCCCUGAAGGAGGCUGCGGGGUGCGCGAUGUACGACCCCAUAUUGCGCGUCGAUACCACCUCGCUAGUUUUUUACCGCCUGAUUAAUAAAGUAUACAAAUUGCAUUCCAGUGCAACCUCUUCCUACUACAUCGCUUGAAUUUCUCACGAUCGUCCUAAUCGGGAGUGCUAUAAAUGGCCGUAUCAGUCUGAUGUGUGGACUGAAUUACGAUGCCAGUCGGCAUGUGUGACAUAUUUGAUCUUCAAAGAAGUAGAGAAGUCACGUACUGUCUAUGGAAAGAAUGCUUGAAACAUGGUAGCGCACAUUGAUAAGACUGGCGCGAUUUCAAGGUGACCAAUCCUAAUCUUUUACGUAUAGAGCAGAAGUAAACGAGGCGAAACCUGUAUUACCAAGAUAUAUGAUGUGAAUAGUUACUUUUAUACCAAUUAGAGUGGCUAUGUAGACAGCGCAGCCCUUCGUAGACUUCCACGCUAAGGGAGCACAAAGGAGGAUUGAACUAGCGCUUCCAACCAUCCAACCACCUUUUGGUCUCGUGUCAUUUUUUUUACAACUAAUACACGCAUGUGUCGUCAGGGUGAUAGAAGUUUAUGCCAGUGGAUAAAGACAGCCAGAUAUUUUCAUUAUUAUUAGUGAAUGAAUGAAACUAGACGCUAUUUUUUUUAUACGUCGAUCUCAAGCAAUCGACCACUACAGACUACAUCACGAAGCGUGGGAUGCAGUCAAUUAAAAGGAAGUUUGCUUGAAUAACAAUAAUAGUUAUACGUAUAGGCAUGCAUAUGUACCAAUGUCACGUGAUAGAUAAAAUUGUCAUCGACGAAAUUUAUUCGUCGUUUAGUUUCAAAGACAAAGAGAAAAAAGCAAACUAGAGUUAUUGAAUGAGUUACGUGUUUGUUGUUAUACGAGUGAAACAGUAGCAUGUUUAUUGUGUAUGCGGAAUUUAUAUAUAUACAUAUAAAACUUAGGUAAAAAUUGUAUCUUGCAAAAUUAUACACACACACACACACACAUAUAUAUAUAUAUAUAUACAUUCUAUGUAUG